AUGUCUAAACUAGAAGAGGACACAGCUAGUAAUUAUGAAGACGAAUAUGAAGAAGGUGAAGAAAUAGAAGACUACGAGGAGAAAGAAGACUACGGUGAGGAUGACGAAGAGUAUUUAGAGGAUGAACCUAACAAGAAAAGAAGUAGUAAAAGGAAAGCCACAUCUAGAGCCUUCUCGGGUGACAAUAAACGGUUACGUGGAAGCACAUCUGCGUCAGAAUCCUCAGUGUCCUCUAUUGCCAAGCGGUUGGUUGAGGAAGACGAAGAUGAUGAAGAAGAAGAAGAAGACGACGACGAUGAGAUCAUUCGUGGGUCCAAUAGAAGAGGCCAGGUACGCCAAGUCGUAGAAGCAGAUGAUGCUAAGUACGAUGAUGAGGAACAGAGUGAGGAUGAGGAAGAGCAAGAAACAAAUGGUGAUGAGGAUGCAAGGGAUGACGGGGACGAAGAGAUAAAUGCGGUUGAACAGGUAGAUGAUGGCGAAGAGGAGUUAGAAGAAGAGGAACUAGAAGAAGAGGAAGAAGAGCCUGAAAUUGAACUUGAGGAGGAAGAAGAGGAGGAAACUGGAAUUCCAGAAGAUGAUGAUGAUGAAGAAGAAGAGGGACAAAUCACGACCGCCUCAGAAAUUGAUGAUACUGAAGAAUCCAAAGAAGAACCUAAACCUGUAGUAAGAAGUAAGAUGCUGAUGAGUAUAUUGGCAGAUGGUGUACAACACAAAAAAGAGCUUACUGCUGAAGAAAUACAACUACGAAGAGAAGAAAACUCUCGUAAAAGAAAGAACUUAAAGGAGAAACGACUGGAAGAAGAGAAGAGAGACACGAUCAACAAGUUAUUGAAGAGACGUGCAGGUAAAUAUAAAGAACGUAACAACAAAGGUAAUUCAGGACCUGCAUCUGCCACUAGCGGCAUCAAGACUAAUGAUAUCGACGAUGACGAUGAUGAAAUAUCAGACUUUGUAAAGCCAAGAAGACCCUACAACUCGCAAGGUAUGAUACGGACACUACGCACAACUGACGCAGACCUCUACUGCACUUUGUAA